AUGAUCGUCUACCAGGACCUCAUCAGCCAUGAUGAGAUGUUCUCUGAUGUCUACAAGAUCCGGGAGGUCGCCAACAGGCUGUGUCUGGAGGUGGAGGGGAAGAUGGUCAGUAGGACAGAGCGUUACAUUGAUGACUCGCUCAUUGGUGGAAAUGCCUCCUCUGAGGGCCCUGAGGGUGAAGGUACAGAAAGCACAGUAGUCACUGGUGUCGAUAUUGUCAUGAACCAUCACUUGCAGGAAACCAGCUUCACAAAAGAAGCCUACAAGAAGUGCAUCAAAGAUUAUAUGAAGUCAAUCAAAGGAAAGCUUGAAGAACAGAGACCAGAAAGAGUAAAACCUUUUAUGACAGGGGCUGCAGAACAAAUCAAGCACAUCCUUGCUAAUUUCAAAAACUAUCAGUUCUUUAUUGGUGAAAACAUGAAUCCAGAUGGCAUGGUUGCUCUGCUGGACUACCGUGAGGAUGGUGUGACCUCACAUAUGAUUUUCUUUAAAGAUGGUUUAGAAAUGGAAAAAUGUUAACAAAUUUGGCUGUUACUUUGGAUCUAUCACCUGCUCGUCAUAACUGGCUGGUUGCUGCUUUUCAUCCACACAACACCAGGACUUAGACAAAUGGGACUGAUGACAUCUUGAGCUCUUCAUUUUGACGUUGAUUUGUUUGGAGUGGAGGCAUUGUUUUUGAGAAAGAAAAACAUGUCAUGUAGGUUGUCUAAAAAUAAAAUGCAU